AUGACAGAGAGGGUAAAGAGGCGGGGCGCGUCCUGGUCAGACGAUGAAACACUAGCCUUGCUGAACAUCUGGCAAGAGUUACAUGUGGAGGAAAGCCUCGAUAAUCCUAAAACCAACAAUACAAGUAUUUAUAAAACCAUUUCUUCAUCCCUUGAGGACUAUGGAUUUCAAAAGACACCAGAACAAUGUAAGGUUAAAAUGCACACUCUCAAAAGAAGCUACAGGAUGUGGAAGGGAAAACUGAAGAAGAGUGGUAGAGGCCGUUCACUUUGCAAGCAUUUUGAGAAACUUGAUGAAAUACUGGGAUGUCGACCCGCGUCCUCUCCUGUGAAGAUUAUUGAAAGCUCUACAACAGAUAAAACCCAUGAUGACAUAGAUACUGACGUCUCUAGUGAUACAGAGGUUGGUCCUGAUUCAGAAGUGACUGGGGUUACUGGUGAUACAGAGGCAGACAAAGAGGAUAAACCUCUUCCUUCUGACCAUGAGCAAGAGCCAAGUCCUGGAAUCAGUGCAGAUAACCUUGAAAAAGAUGAUGCUCUUCCAAAAAUUCAGCCACCACGAAAACGCUCAUUGUUUUCAGCUAAAGAUAAUGAGCAAAGUCAGAGUUCACAGAAAUGGAACAAGAAAGCUAAGAAAAGCAAACUUGAGGUGGUCAUGACAACUGUAAUGUCUGGAUUCACGAAAAGCAACGAGAAGAUUGAAGAUAAGUAUGUCAACCUUGAAAAUAGAAAAAUUGAGCUUGAAAUGAAAAAACUAGAGAUGGAAAAGUUGAAAAUUGAAACGGAGAAAAGUAAUCGAGAGUCAGAGGAGAGAAUGCAGCGAGAGACAAAUCAGCAUCAAUUGAACAUGAUUCUUGGCAAAAUGGGUCAAGGUCAAGACCACUUUCCAUGGAACUUUCCCAGCUCCAUGCCAGGAACCUCACGUGGCGAUGAUCCGGGAUCUGAUGUGUCAUAUGACACUAGUGGAAGCACAUAUUACAACAUGUGA